UUUAAUUACAUUUAUAUUUAUUUUGAUAUUAAAUGUGUUGAAAUAAUUAGAGUUUCAUUUGAACUAUAUUUCCAAAAUUUGAUUGUUGAUAUAUUGGUUAAAGUUUAGGGAUGCAAAUGAUAAUUUUGAUAAUUGGAGUCCUUGAAAUUAAAUAAUAAUUUAAACAGAAAAAAAAAUAAAUUCAUGUUCACAUGUAAAGUUUGGGUGGGGUGUAAAAGCUGUUCCCUAGGCCGCGGAGUAGGAGCCAAAUAUGUCACACACAAACACACACGCGCCCCCGACUACAUAAACGAACCUCGUCGCCCUUCCCUUUUUUUCUCAUUACCCAUCCAUGGGCAUGGCUCCUCGCGAUAAACCUGACGCCAACAACGCCGCCGGUAAUGGCGGCAAAGAGACUCGCUAUCGUGGUGUUCGUAAGCGUCCAUGGGGCCGUUACGCGGCGGAGAUUCGAGAUCCCGGUAAGAAAACACGUGUUUGGCUUGGUACUUUCGAUACUGCCGAGGAGGCGGCUCGCGCUUAUGAUUCCGCCGCUCGUCAGUUCCGUGGCGCUAAAGCCAAAACAAACUUUCCUUUCCCUACGGAUUUGUUGCUUCCGACAGCCGUCGUCAGCGGAGGCGGAAUGAAAUUCCUCACGAAGACUCCUACCGAGAGCAGCAUGGUUGAGGCGUCGUCGAACUCGAUGGCGCCGUCGCCGGGGCCUAUCUCUACGGCUCUGCUUCCGCCUGAAGCACUUGACCUUAGCCUCUCGCACUAUCCCCUUGGGUUCCCGAUGCCUCAUUCAAUGUUCCUGUAUCAUUCACAAAUGAAUCUUCAUAUCAACAACAAUAACAAUCACAACCGACUCAACGUUUUCAGAUCGGACAGAUCCGUCGUCCGGGAUCCUCAUCUCACCGUCGGUACCGGCGGCCUCGCCCAGCAGAGCGAUUCCGACUCUUCUCCGGUCGUGAAUUUUAAACAAGAGAAAUCUCUAACUCUCGAUCUCGAUCUCAAUUUCCCUCCACCGGAAGUUGCCUAAACAGAGGUUUUUGCUUUUGUGCAUUUCUUCUUCGGCUUUUUAGAUCGGAUUUAACCAUUUUAAAACAGAUAAAAAGUCAAUCUGUUAGGAUUAAAGCAGCCUGAUAAUGUUUUGAUGUGCUGAUAAUAUGCUAAAAACUUAAAAAUCCUUCAUCGAUCUGUAUGUAUAUAAAAAAAAAAAAAAAAAAAAAAAAAAAACAUUAAA